AUAAACAGCAGACACACUCACUCCAGCACCUCACAGACAAGUCCUCGUCAAACAGGUGUGAGUUCCAGUGGAUAGUCAUUGUUGUGACACAGCUUCGCCAUGUUCAGAUUAAGCAGCUUCAUCGUCACUCUUCUGGUGGCCUCAGUGUUGCCGCACUGCUCUUACGGCAUCCUGGAGGAUGAGCUGACGGCGGCGCUGAGGGAGUUCCUGGCUCCCUACGACCCGUACACCAUCAACAACCUCACUGACGUGCCUGUUGUUACCGACCACAGCGAUGUCCUGCUCAACGCUAACGUGAUCCCCGUGACGGGCUUCGGGGAGAUUGUGGUCACCUUCUUCGAACCUCCAAUUCCCCUCAUCUCUAACGAGGUGAGGAUUGAGACGACCAGUGACUGGACCUGGCACACCGACGACUACACCAUCGUUGGAACCUUCAACGGAGGGGAAGUCGCAUACGCCGGUAAAGCCGACUUGUUCCUUGAAGGCUUCGCGAUCAACGUUGACUUUACCUCUGAUACCUACUCCUUGGACCCCUUGUCUGUGUGCGUCGACCCCGGCUCCCUGGUCAUUGACCUCACCGUACGCUCUGUCGACGCAGAGUUUGAGGGCGCCGAUGAUAUCAACCAAGACAUCGAUGCCAAUCCUGGACUCUUCGUAGAUAUGGCCGAGGCAUAUUUCAACUCAAUCUCUGAGGAGAUCGAGGGGAUCGUCAACGGCCUCCUCUGUGUCUAAGUGCCUCACACCGGCAGCAAGAAGGAGGAUAGUCGCACUUUCUACAACUGUAAACAUUAUAUAACUUUAGUGUUUUGCUUCGUAACUCACUUGCUGUCUGUUUCAAGUCUUACCAACAUCUUCAGACUUUGACUUUCUAAUGGUAAUGCAUAGAUUGUUUGGCUCAACUAUACAGCACAAUUUGUCAUUAAAAUAUCAUAAUUCGUCAACGUCAGUGAAGAGGAAAUGAGUCAGGAAGUCGGUUAGGUCUUGGUGAUGACGUCAUAGACCGAUGACGUCACUACCAAAGAGUUCUCAAGUGCUGAUCAAUAAUGAUGCUUAAAGCUAAAAUUUCAGAGGUUUUCACAUUUGUCAAUAAAGCGAAAAUUUGCAUUACUUAAAAUAAACAUAAAUAAAUUUU